AUGAUGGUAAUUAAAAUGCAAUCUAUUAAUAAUGUUAGAACAUUAAUAAAUAUACCUGAUAUCAUGGCUUUUUUAAGCUUUAAUUCUAAAGAAAUAAUUGAAUUAAAACAGCGUAUUUGUUUUAUUGAUGAAGAUAAUAAACGAUUUAUGGUCAAAGCUGGAAUUCAAACCAAUAUUGAUAAUUUAAUAUCAGUACUUAAAGAUAAAAGAAAAAAACAAACAAAACGAAGAAAAACUUCUAAAUCAUCAUCACAAUCAUCAAUACAAUUACAUGGUGAUCUGUUCAAUGCAUUGGCAUCAAAUAUGUCUAAUUUAGCUUCUAUUGAUUCACAAUUAAUACCAGUAUUUUCAACAACACCUAAAAUCAAUUCACCAAGUUAUUACAUACAAAGGAUUUCUGAUAGUAUUGAAAAAUUCUGUAUCAAUACAUUCGAAAAAUUUAUUCUAAGAAAUGUAAUUGAUUAUGAAAUUCAUGUGAAUAUACUAGAUGCAGAUAUUAAUGGGUGCAUUAAAUGUGGAUGUAAUACCACUAUUAAAAUUGUUUUUCGUUCGAAAUCAAAUACAUUUCAACUUUCUGCUUAUUUAAAGCAUUUAAAGAACAGUCGUUGUACAAUGAUCAAGAAGAAAAAACAAGCAUUCGAUAAGCUUUCCAGCAUCAACAAUAACUUAUCGAAUUUUGUCCUACAGGAUGAUGAUGAUGAUAAUUCCAAUACGAACAAUAUUCAAAAUGUUUCUGAUGAAGAAAAUUUGGACGAUAAAGAUAGCAGUUUUUCAACAAUGAUCAAUAACUCAAUCACAACUGCUUCAAAUUCUUUUAGAAAAAAGCAAUCAUUACCACCUGGAUCAAUAUCAAGUAUUACCAAGAAGACCAGAUCAUCAUAAUGAAUAAAUUAACUUAGAUAUUUUAGUUACUUUAUAAUAUGUAUUAUUGAUCUAUCACUUUUUGUAUGAUAAUCUUUUAUGAUAGUCGAAAAUUUUUUAAUGUAGAAAUUACACAUUGAAUUAGAUCGUUUGUUUUUUUAUUCAUUUUCAUGUAUAGCUAUUUGUUUCAUUGUAAAGAUGAUUGUAUUUAUUAGUAUAUUCGUUCAAUUGAAAUAAAGAUAAUUGUAUUUAUUAAUAUAUUCGUUCAAUUGAAAUAAAGAUGAUUGUAUUUAUUAAUAUAUUCGUUCACUUGAAAUUAAAGGGAAUCUUAAAAAUUAACUGAAUGUAGUAUCAUUGUUUUAGAACGAUUAUAAUAAUUUAAUAAC